CUGCGCGUUGAGGAUUUCCUCUUUGGACCUCCGUCUCCUCUGAAACGAUGGCCAAACGCACCAAGAAGGUGGGGAUCGUGGGUAAAUACGGCACCCGUUAUGGUGCUUCGCUGAGGAAGAUGGUCAAGAAAAUUGAAAUCUCCCAGCACGCCAAAUAUACCUGCUCUUUCUGUGGCAAGACCAAGAUGAAGAGGAGGGCUGUUGGUAUCUGGCACUGUGGGUCCUGCAGGAAGACUGUGGCCGGAGGUGCUUGGACAUACAACACAACAUCCGCUGUCACAGUAAAAUCUGCAAUCAGGAGACUGAAAGAGUUGAAGGACCAGUAAACCAGUGCGGCACAGUCGCUGGUGGAUUUGGGACUUUUUCUAUAAUUUAACCGACCGGGACAUGGCCUCAACAUCCAAAAAUAAAACGGUCUGGAGCGGA